AUGGUUGCAAACAGCGCUCUCUACGACACGCUUCUUACCCAGCUCUCGCAGCUCAGUCCUCUGCGGGCCUUCGAGGCCGACGCCAAAGUUCCGGCUGGUGCGCGCUAUCCGCCUCAGCACUGCGAUUUCAAGAUGCCUCCUGUUGACGCUGCUGCCACCCUUCCGCCUGAGGAGCGCGAGGACUACUUCUCGCUCACGUUCAAGACACUCAAGGCUCCGGUGCGCAAAUUCACCCUGCACACGUCAUCGAUUCGUACGGUUGCACAGGUGAAGCGCCACCUCUCGCGGGUGUCAAACAUCCCUGUCUCGACGAUGCGCCUGGUCCUGGGUGGCAAGGGCCUGGUGGACUCGAAGCUCAUCGGCGACUAUCCGAUUCAGAGCGACUCGGUGAUCCAGAUUAUUUCGCGGCCAGCGGGCAGCGCCGAUCCAGAUGCAGACAAGGCCACUGAGGUGGUAGCAGCCGACGAAGCGAACCCUCUGUCGAGUGUGCUGGAGAAGGAGGACGAUGGCUCCCGCUCCCGCCCGACCAGCAUCGUUGCCAGCGCCGUUAGCAAUAAGCAGACGGUGGAGGCUCAGAGCACCGUCGAUGGACACGAAAGCGACGAUGAGAGUGACGAUGAAGCCGAGGUUAUGACAGAGCUGACCAAGGACCGGCUGAAGCAGGACAAUGGUGCUUUCAGGAACGAGCUGCGCCAGCUUGUUAGCCGCCAGUUUGGUGCCAGCCAGGCGACAUCAGUCAACAGGUUGCUUGACUCGUACUUUGCAUCUCUCUAA